AUGGCUUGGCGAAGCUCUGGGGCGACUAACGAAGCUCUGAUUACCAACCUUGUAAAGAACAAGCUGAUCCGGUCUGACCGUGUUAAAGAUGCCAUGUUACGGGUUGAUCGCGCGCACUUUGCCCCAGCCAAACCGUACGAUGACUCUCCUCAACCCAUAGGGCACAAGGCCACUAUCUCCGCACCACACAUGCAUGCUUCAGCGUGCGAGUCACUCCUCGACUACCUCCAACCCGGAGCCAAAGUCCUGGAUGUUGGUUCUGGCUCGGGCUACCUCACAGCUGUGCUCGCGAACCUCGUUGCGCCCAAUGGGACGGUCAUUGGCAUCGAUCACAUCCAGCCGUUGAACGACAUGGCGAACGCGAAUAUGGGCAAGUCGGAAGAGGGGCGGAAGAUGCUGGAAUCGGGCCAGAUCAAGUUUGUGACUGGUGACGGGCGAGAAGGAUGGGCCGAGGGCGCGCCGUACGACGCUAUUCAUGUAGGGGCAGCAGCAGCUGUGCACCACGAGGCGUUGACCGAUCAGCUGAAAGCUCCGGGCCGGCUGUUCGUUCCGGUCGCGGAAGGCGGGACGCAGCAUAUCUAUGUCAUCGACAAGAACAAGGACGGAAGUCUCGAGCGGCAAAAGUUGUAUGGUGUGCAGUACGUGCCGCUGACGGAUGCGCCCGUGUAG